AUGAGUGUCAGCUGCCUUGUUGCGAUCAACGAUGAAAAUAAAUCAAGUGACAGACUGGCGCUAAUUGCAUUUAAGAAUGAAAUCACUGAAGAUCCGUUUGGAAUAUUGAGUUCUUGGAACAACACGAAUAAUUCUCUUCAUUUCUGCGAGUGGAGAGGUGUUACAUGCAGCCGUCGUCAUUCUAGUAGAGUCACCAUGAUUGAUCUUCGGUCACAAAGACUGCAAGGUUCCAUAUCUCCUCACAUUGGAAACCUUAGCUUUCUUCAGGUUCUCUUCCUCCAGAACAACAAUUUAAACGGAGAAAUCCCACAGAAAAUUGGUCGUCUUUUUCGAUUGAAACAUUUGGGUCUUACAAAUAAUUCCUUGGAAGGAGAAAUUCCUCACAAUAUUUCUCAUUGUUCCAAACUCAUAUACAUUAGUUUAUCUGGCAACAAUCUUGUGGGAAGCAUUCCAAAUGGAUUAGGCUACUUGCCUAAUCUACAAAUGAUUUGGCUUUCUUAUAACAAACUUUCGGGGGAGAUCCCAACUUCAUUAGGUAACCUUUCAUCAACUCUUACUCAUCUUGCUCAUUUCAAUAACAAUUUGGAGGGAAGAAUCCCAAACACUCUAAGUCGGUUAACAAACUUAAAAUUACUAGUUCUAGAGACGAACAAGUUAUCAGGUACUGUCCCUUCUUCACUCUACAAUAUUUCAUCACUUGAAGAGUUCUCAUUGAUGAAUAAUCAACUCCAUGGUAGUAUUCCUUUUGAUAUUGGUUCCACACUUCCAAAUCUAAUCUAUUUUUCAGUGUCGGGAAAUAAUUUCACUGGAAACAUCCCAAGAUCAUUGUCCAAUAUGUCAAGGCUUGUGAUGCUCCAAUUGCAAAUCAAUAAUCUAGUUGGUUCCGUACCUUAUAACUUUGGCAGCUUAAAAAGUCUUGAAUUUCUCGGACUAGGAGGAAAUAAACUUGGAAGUGGAGAAGCUAACGAUCUAAACUUCCUCCGUUCUCUGGUCAAUUGUACCAAGUUGAGGUUUUUAGACGUAUCUAAGAAUAAUUUAGGGGGAGCGAUACCAAACUCUAUAGCCAAUCUCACAACAAAUCUUGUUACCUUAACUUUGAGUAGGAAUCAGAUAUAUGGAAGUAUUCCUCCAGGUAUUCAAAAUCUUCUAGGAUUAACAACACUAUAUUUGAAUUCAAACCAAUUGACAGGAAGUAUUCCUCCAGGUAUUGGUCUCCUUCAAAAUAUGGGAAUAUUAGCUUUGAGUAGUAACAAACUCUUUGGUCCUAUCCCUUCUUCAUUUGAUCUUGCACCUACAAACCAACAGACUAAGUGGUAG